GACUCUCCUUAUUACUUAACAACAACAAGGUUGGGACUUACAGACGUGGAGGCUUCCGCUCGCGUCGUGCGUCGCGUCGUUUGCCGCAACCGCGGCCAAGCCAACUGUCAGCGGAAGGCCGAGCGCGAUCGCUCGUUAUAACGCUGCCUGCUCGUACGUUAAAGUGGCGCUCCACGCGCGUAUCAGUCGGUCGGUCGAUCGUCGUACGAUUCAGCCGCGUGCAGCUAGCUAGCCGUGGGUGGACGAGGAAGGAAGAAAGAAGCGAGGGACGCGCAUUGUAUUCCCGUGACAGCGGGAAUAAAGUGUCUCGAGCCGGCCAUUUGACUCGUCCGCGUUUAGUUGGCCACCCACCCCUCUCGGGAGGAACGAGGAUGCCAGCAGCCGGACUUUUCGCGUUUCUCGGCGUCGCUCUGAUCGCCUCCUUGACCGAUGCCGCCUCCAUCAGACGUGCCAACCGCAAGGCCAUGGACUGCUAUAGCGAGAUCUAUUGCACGGGGGAACUGCUGAAGACGAUACAGCUGGCUGAAAUCUUCCCAGACAGCAAGACGUUCGUCGAUCUUCAUCAGAUAAACGACCCCGAAAUAACUCUUUCCAACUUCUACAGUUUGAUGAAUGAAACGGGGAACAAACCGAGUAAAAGUCAGCUGGUGAGAUAUGUUAAUGAAAAUUUCGCCUCGUCGAACGAGCUCGUGAACUGGACGCUGCCAGAUUGGACGGAGAGCCCUUCGAUCUUGAAACGAAUCAACGAGGCCAAGUAUCGCGAAUGGGCGAAACAUCUGAACGAAAUUUGGAAGGAAUUGGCGAGGAAGAUCAAUCCAGAGGUGGCCGAGUAUCCUGAGAGGCAUAGUUUGAUAUACGUGAACAAUGGAUUCAUCAUUCCUGGUGGUCGGUUUAAAGAAUUUUAUUACUGGGACAGUUACUGGGUGAUUGAAGGUCUGCUGUUAUCCGACAUGUAUCAAACUGCCAGAGGGAUGAUAGACAAUUUCUUAUACAUGGUGAAGAAAUAUGGUUUCAUACCCAAUGGUGGCAGAAUUUAUUAUCUUAUGAGGAGCCAGCCACCUCUAUUACAUCUCAUGGUCUCAAGAUAUUUGGAGUUCACUCGGGAUUACGAUUAUUUACGUUCGAUUAUAUCCACUUUGGAAACUGAAUUUUCUUUCUGGCAACGAGAGAAGAUGAUCGACGUUGAGAAGGAUGGAAAAAUAUAUAAAAUGGCGCACUACGUGGUUAAUAGUACCAGUCCUCGACCAGAAAGUUACAGAGAGGAUUAUCUCAUGGCGCAGCGGAUGCCCGAAAAAUCACGAGAUUUCUUUUACAAUAAUAUAAAGGCGGGCGCCGAAAGUGGCUGGGACUUUUCCAACAGGUGGUUCAUACGAAACAACAAUAGCAGUACGCUCAGUUUAUAUAAUAUCUCCACGCAAUACAUAAUACCUGUCGACCUUAAUGCGAUUCUGCAACAAAAUGCCCGGCUCCUCGGCGAAUUUCACACUCUGCUCGGGAACAAUGCGAAAUCUCAGUAUUAUCAAAAGAUAGCAUCACAGCUUCAAACGGCCAUCGACAAUGUUCUGUGGAACGAAGCGGAUGGAAUAUGGCUGGAUUACGAUCUGAAGAACCAGAGGCCUAGGCAUAUGUUCUACCCUUCGAAUCUUGCGCCACUUUACACUAAAAGUUACAAUCGUGGUCAACGUGAUUAUGGCGCAGCUACUCUGAGAUAUCUCAAAUCGCAGAAUAUCGACAACUUCUUUGGAGGUACACCCACAUCGCUAAAUCAUACGGGGGAACAAUGGGAUUUUCCAAACGCGUGGCCACCGUUACAAUCGUUUAUCGUAAUGGGCCUCUACUGGACUGGGGCUAGGGAAGCAAUGGAUUUCGCCCAUGAACUGGCGUUUAGAUGGCUUUCUGCUAAUUACGCUGGUUAUAAGGAAACCGGGCAAAUGUUUGAGAAGUACGAUUCGAUCGUGCCCGGCCAAGGCGGUGGUGGAGGGGAAUACAACGUGCAGACAGGGUUCGGAUGGACUAACGGGGUGGUCUUGGAGUUCCUCAACACCUUCUCGAGCAUCAAGGUGAGGGAGGUUGGAUACGAGGACGACUUAACCGAGAUUGAACAGUAGCAGAUUAAAUUUUGUUUCAGGUUUCAUUGGUGAUAAUGCAACGUGUAUUUUCCAACGAUUCUAGUCCACACGGAAAUACAGGGCAGCGCGUUUUAUAAAACCCACCGUUUGUUCGAUGCAAGUCUAUGUAUAUUUUCAGCAAAAUUUAUCAAAAGUUUGAAAA